AUGCAAAUUCACGCACCUACCAGCUCUAGCACUCGCUCUGUGGCAACAACAGCGGCGGUCAUGAAGAUCUAUGCAGGGAAGCUGUUCGACCCAUACACGCGCUCGCUGCUCAAAAACAGGGUCAUAUCUGUCUCUCCCGAUUCCGGCCUUAUCACCGACGUGCAGGCUUUCUCCCCUGCAGAUGCAGCACGCGUCGAUUUCUCCGAUGCUGAGGUGGCGGUGGACCUGCGAGCUGCUACGGUCAUGCCUGGAUUCGUGGAUGUGCACGUACAUCUAUUUCUACACCCAUACUCUGAGGUGAACUGGGAAGACCAAGUCACGAAGGAGAGCCUCGCGGAACGCACCGUGCGUGCCACUAUCCACGCAAAGCGGACGCUUAUGGCAGGUUACACGGCUGUCCGGGACCUUGGCACGGAAGGGGCGGGCGACGCGGACAUCGCGCUGCGCAAGUGUGUCUCAGGCCCGGACCCGCUCAUUCCUGGGCCUCGUUAUUUUACCGCGAACCGUGCCAUUGUCACAACGGGCAGCUACGGCCCGAAAAGCCAAAUCUUCCUGAACAAGGAGGGUAUCGACGGAGUAACCGGCGCAGAGGUCGUCGACGGAGAAGUCGAAUGUGUCAAGGCUGUACGCAGGCAGGUCGGUGCUGGAGCGGAUCUCAUUAAGAUUUAUUCAGACUACCGUUUCCGCUCUCGCAUGAAUAACGCCGGAAAGGCAGUCUCAAAUGCCGCCAUCGCAACAUUCAAUGAGAAGGAGGUACACGCCCUUGUCUCCACUGCUCAUGCGCUCGGAGUUAAGGUUGCCGCACACGCCGCCCAUUUCCACCCGAACCUGGUUCAGGACGAUCUCCUCCAAGUAUCGUCGAUCGAGCACGGCUACGACCUCGUUCUGGACGGAAGCAGCGACAUCACAGACGAGACACGCGCGCGGAUGGAAAAGCUGGCUGCACUACUGACGAAGAGCAACACCAAGUGGGUGCCGACCCUGUCCGCGUACCACACGAUGGACGGGGGCGCAGGCGAGACGUGGAAACGCGCCUCGCGCGCGUUCAAGCUCGCGCUGGAGUGCGGAGUGACGAGCAUCGCGUGCGGCGGGGACACGGGCGUGUUCGCGCACGGGGACAACGCGCUGGAGAUGCAGCUGAUGGUACGGCUCGGCGCCGACUGGCGCGCGGUGCUCAGCUGGGGCACGCUCGGCGGGUGGGAACUGGUCCGCAGCAUGGAUUGGGAGGGUGAGAAGGGCCGGGCACGUCUCGCGCGCGUGGAGGAGCUCGCAGAGGAUGCGCGCGUGGUCGGCGACAACGAGGUGCCGUUCGGGGCGGUUCGCAAGGGCUUCGCUGCGGAUAUCGUCGCGACGACUGGGAAUCUGGAAAGUGACUUCGCGGGUGCGGUGGAUAAGGCGGCGAUCACAUUCGUGAUGAAGGGUGGGAGGGUGUACAAGCGCGAUGGGAAGCCGCUGGCAUGA